UUUACAUGUGUAAACAAAGUAUAUAUAAUUGCAUAUUUUAUCGAAUGUGUAGUGCUUGUCGGAGUUACAAGAGACUAGGUGGACAAUCUAAGGGAACUAAAUUAACAUGGAUUCCAGCACAGUGUGCUCAACAACCGGGAUCACUAGAUUGUGGCUACUACGUCAUGCGUUUUAUGUACGACAUAAUAAUGAAUCAUGGUAAUAGUCAAGAUCUUACUAAGGAUUUUUCAAGAACAUUGCCUUAUUCACCGGAGGAGAUUAAUGAGGUGAAAGAUUUUUGGGCAGAUUACUUCAUGAACAAUGUCGAAUUUUUAGCUUAAUUUGUAAUAUGAACUUGAUCUCUAGCUAGCUACG